ACAAAGUUUGGGAUGAGUCAAAAAGAAAAAAGUUUUGGAAAGAAGACAAUAUAUAUGUAGCCAUGUAGAGAGUAAAACUCUUUAAAGACUUAAACUCACUGUACCUUUUUGAUUUGUUGUUCUACACGUCACUUGUUUUUCCCUCUUUAACUCUUCCCCAUUUCGACUCAUCUUGAUAGGGAAGGCUUUGGACUUGUGAAUCCCUUUGUUAUCACUGGGAAUGUACAUUUUUGUUCAUAAAAUACAACUGGGUGUAUGUAGAGACUGGAGAGUUGCACUUAUUGAGCUUUUCUUGGCUCUGAUCUGCCUGGUUAUGCUAUAUUCUUGAUUUGUAGAGAAUACCCAUUGGAAUUGAUUUGUUCCCAGAAUCCCAGUAUCAUUUUCAUCCGUCUUCAGAUCUGGGUAUCUAUUUAUACCAGAAAAAGGAGUCUUCUUUAAGAGAGCAAUUGGUGGGAAUUAUAAUCAGAUUAAUGUGGGGGUUUUGUGAAAGCCUGUCAGAAAUGUGGUUAAUUAUUGUGUGAAAGAGAGGGCACCAAUGUGGUCUAAUUUGGACAGUUUGGAUGGAUGUGUAUGAAUCACAGCAGGCACCAAACAAGCUUUCAGCAGCGGAGAUCCCACCACCACCAUUGUUUCCGGCCGACAUGAAUAAUGGAAUCGCCACUCGCCGUUCUCAAACCAGAGAAAUUAGUUCUAGGUACAAAUCCCCUACUCCUAGGCGUACCCCUUCCCCAAAUGUUCGACGAACAGGAACUUCUUCCUCUACAGUUUCAUCGCAGAAGAGAGCUGUGUCGGUUGAAAGGAAGCGGCCAUCGACACCGCCAUCACCGUCAACUCCAUUGGAGGACACAUCUACUGCAUUUCUAUUAGCAUCCCGGAAAUUAAUCGGGAACCGUUUGCCAGAAGCUUUAUGGCCGUCAACAAUGAGGAGCCUGAGUGUAUCUUUUCAGUCUGAUACAUUUUCUCUCCCUAUUAGUAAGAGAGAGAAACCGGUUUCUCAGGCUCUUUCAGAUCGCACUUUGAGGGCUUCAUCCAAUGUGGUGCAUAAGCAGAGUGAAGCCCCACCUGCUUCACGAAAGCCCACACCAGAAAGGAAGAGGAGUCCCCUUAAGGGAAAGAAUUCUGCUGAUCACUCUGAAAAUUCUAAACCUGUUGUUGAUACUUCAAAUUCUCGGGUUCUGGAUCAGCACAGGUGGUCGAGUAGAGCAGGUGGAAAAGUUUCAUCGUCCAAUGCAUUGAACAGAAGUACUGAUCUGAGUAAUAAGAAUAGCAGAACUAUACCACUUCCCUCAGGAUCAGGACCACCUUCACUCAGAAGAUACUCCUUGGAUGGAGUGACCAAACCACUGCAAAAAUCUUCCAGUGACCUGCUAUCCCAAAUAUCAGCUGAUGAGAGUCGGCAAGGGAGCUUUAGGGUUCAUUCACUUGAUGAUAAUUCACUGCUGAAACAAAAGGAAAGAACAAGAUUUCUUAGUCCUUCAGCUAGAUCACGCCCUUUAUUGGCUCCUGGAUCUCGUCCUGCAUCACCAAAUAAAGCAUCAACAAUAUCUUCCUCUAGAGGUAUCAGUCCAUCCCCAACGAGGGCUGUAAGUAGUGCUUCAUCAAGAGCACCUAGUCCUUCUCGGGUAAGGCCAUCAAGUCCAUCUAGACAAACCAAGACCUCUACUUCAGUCCUCAGUUUUAUUACAGAUAUUAAGGGGAAGAAGGCUGCAUAUCACAUAGAAGAUGCCCAUCAGCUGAGGCUAUUAUAUAAUAGACAUUUCCAAUGGCGAUAUGCUAAUGCCCUAGUAGAUGCCGUGCUGCAUUCACAGAAAGUUAAAGCCAAGAAAAUGUUGCACAAUGUGUGGAGAUCUACUUCAGAGCUGUGGGGUUCAGUAAUCAAGAAGAGAGUCGAAUUUCAACAGUUGAGACUGAAGUUGAAGCUUUAUUCAGUUCUGAAUGAACAGCUCUCCUACCUUGACGAAUGGGCUUCAAUUGAAAGGGACCAUACUAGUUCAUUGUUGCAGGCCAUUCAAGAUCUUCAGGCAUGCACUCUACGCCUUCCCAUCAUAGGAGGGGCAAGGGGAGAUAUUGAAACUGUAAAGGUGGCCGUUUGUUCAGCUGUUGAUAUGAUGCAGGCAAUGGGAUCCUCUAUUUGUUCAGUACUUUCACAAGUGGAGGGAACAAGCAACCUUGUUUCUGAACUUGCUGAUGUGGCUGCACAAGAGAGGGCCAUGCUUGAUGAAUGUGAAUCACUAUUGGCUUCUACAGCGGCUUUGCAGGUAGAAGAGUAUAGCAUUAGGAGCCAUCUUAUGCAGCUGGAACAAGCUACAAGAUGUGAACAGCUAAUACAACCUGGGAAUUAGUACACAUUAACUUACUCUGCCAUAUUCUAAUACUAACAACUUCUCCUCAGCUCCCCGGCCACGAAAGUGUCUUUAGCCAUAUAUAGCUCUGUAUGUAUUUUUUUUUCUUCGAUUGGAAUGUGUAAUUUCUGGUCAUAUUCCUAUUGCUUUUCUUAAUUUCAUUUUAAUCUCUUUUCCCACUUGUAAUAGUUGGCCGGAGAUGUUGCUGUAUUCUACGUGUAAUUUGUAUACGUGAAACGCAAAGAAAGAAAGAAAGAAAAAGAGCUCAAAAGUCACGAUGAGUAAAUGAAUGUAAUUUCUAUAGCCUA